GUGCACCUUGCCUGUCAUGGGAAGCAGGACCAGACGCCGCCUUACAAUUCUCAUUUCGCCAUGAGAGAUGAACCUCUGACGCCGCCUGAUAUCACGGAGAAAGACAUUCCGCAUGCCGAGUUCGCGUUCUUUUCGGCAUGUCAUACCACCGUCGGCGAUGAGGAGACGCCCGAUGAGGUCAUUCACCUCGCGGCUGGACUGCAAUUUUCAGGGUUCAAGAGCGUUGUUGGCACACUGUGGGAGGUU